CAGCUCAGCCGAAACCCUAUUUAGGGUUUUCACAACCAUUUCCUCUUUAUAUAAAACUCUAAGAAACCCUAAAACAAUCCUCCCUUGCGGCUGAGCUAUAGCGAGCUAGAGACACACACACACACAGAGAUUAGCUUCUUCAUUGCUCAGGUAAGAAAUGGUGAAGCACAACAAUGUUAUCCCUAAUGGGCAUUUUAAAAAGCACUGGCAGAACUAUGUGAAGACAUGGUUCAAUCAACCAGCUCGCAAGGAGAGAAGAAGAAUUGCUCGCCAGAAGAAGGCUGUCAAAAUCUUCCCCCGCCCUACUACUGGAAAACUCCGUCCUAUUGUACAUGGACAGACACUGAAGUAUAACAUGAAAGUGAGAUCUGGAAGGGGCUUUUCUCUGGAAGAAUUGAAGGCUGCAGGUAUUCCCAAGAAGUAUGCACAGUCCAUUGGGAUUGCAGUUGAUCAUCGCAGAAGGAAUCGUUCCCUGGAGGGUCUUCAGGCUAAUGUUCAGAGGCUGAAGACAUUUAAGGCCAAAUUGGUUGUCUUCCCAAGGCGUGUUGGCAAAUUUAAGGCUGGUGAUUCUGCACCUGAGGAACUUGCAUCUGCCACCCAGGUCCAAGGCCCAUACUUGCCCAUUGUACGUGAGAAGCCAUCUGUGGAGCUUGUGAAGGUUACUGAAGAGAUGAAAUCAUUCAAGGCCUAUGACAAACUCCGUCUUGAGCGGAUGAACGUCCGUCAUGUUGGUGCCAGGCAGAAGAGAGCAGCAGAAGCUGAGAAGGAUGAAAAGAAAUAGUUGGUUUAAUAAUAACAUCAGGCAGUCUAAAUAUUUUUUAAUGUUGAACCGUCUUUUGCAAUUUUGGUUUGAGCCAUUUAUCUUCUGGACUCGGCUACAACUUAGCUUUGUUUUGAGUUUAUGAAUUUGUGGAUUUCAUGGAUAUGUUGACCUUUAUUCAGUAAUGGUUUUGGUACCUUCGUUAGAAUGAAUACAUUUUGGUUA